AUGUGGGGAGUCUUCAUCACUUGUAACAUCAGCAUAUCCAAAAUAGGGAUAUCAGAACUCAUUUGUCGUAACACAAAUGCACAUCCAUGCUAUAAGACUGCCCCCGACGCCGCCGCUGCUGACAUCAAUGCCUUCAUCAACGCCGAAACGCGAGGAAAAAUACCAAAGCUUAUAGAACCCUCCUUUGUUAAAGACGCUAAAAUGGUCUUAACUAACGCCGUCUACUUCAAAGGCUUUUGGAAAUACCCGUUCAAGCCUCAAAGGACCCACAAGGACAAGUUUUUCGUAACCCCGGAAGAGUCUGUCCAAGUGGAUAUGAUGACGCAAACGGGAAGGUUCAAAUAUGUGGACUCGGAGAAGCUUCGCGCCCAGGUGCUGGAGAUGCCCUACAGGGGCGACGCCGUGUCCAUGGUGGUGCUCCUCCCGCGAAGUGGGAGAGCCAAGGAGGUGGACAGGCUGGUCCGACGCCUGAGGCCCAGGAGACUCGUGUCUGUGGUGAAGGCGAUGCCCUCCGUCCCGCUGAUAGUCAAGUUUCCCAAGAUCAGCGUGGAGAGUACUCUCGGGAAUGAACUCAUUUCGAUGAAAUGUCGGCUCUCGCGGUCUCUCUGCGAUGUAUAUCAGCGUGAGUCCCAGCCGCCUCUCAGUAGUAGGUGA